GGCUGCGAGGAGCGGCGGCGAGGGCACCGAGGGCACCGAGGACGGCUGGGGUCCGGCUCGGCCAUGGCGGGCGCGCUGGUGCGGAAGGCGGCGGACUAUGUCCGGAGCAAGGAUUUCCGGGACUACCUGAUGAGCACGCACUUCUGGGGCCCCGUAGCCAACUGGGGUCUUCCCAUUGCCGCCAUCAAUGACAUGAAGAAGUCUCCCGAGAUUAUCAGUGGGCGGAUGACGUUCGCCCUCUGCUGUUACUCCCUGACCUUCAUGAGAUUCGCCUACAAGGUGCAGCCCCGCAACUGGCUCCUGUUCGCCUGCCACGCGACCAACGAGGUGGCCCAGCUGGUGCAGGGAGGACGCCUCAUCCAGCACAAGAUGAAAAAGAAGGCUUCAGCAUAACAAGGGAAAGGGAGGAGCUGGUGCUUGGAGGGCAUUGCUGGCUGCUGAGUCACAGACCCGUCAUUGUCAUCGAAUGGAAUGGCCCUGUUUAGGAAGAUGCUGCGAAGGCUGUGUUUAUACCCGGCGAUUUCUCGCAGGAACAGCCAGGCGGACGCCGCCUCGCAAGAACUGAACACUUCGUUUCUCCUAGGGCAGUCCCCGCACGCCACCAUGUGGUCACCCUGGGUGGUCCUGUCUGCAGGAACGGGAAGGUUCUCUGCAGCGUCUACUUCUCGGAAAACGGAGGAGAGCAAAUGUGUAACGUUUAGAACCCGAGUACUCAGAAUGCUUGACAUCUUGUUGAAUGAGAAACCGACGCCGGCACAUCCGUAAAAUCCCAUCCCCAGGGUCUGAGAAGUAGCUGUGUCCACGCAAUGUGUCUCUAGAUGCUGCACCUUAAUGGCAAUAAAUGAUCUGAAUAUUUGCCAAAUGA